CCGACGAGAGCGCGCGCACGUCCUUCGAGCACAAGCAGCAGCACCACCACCACGACGCAGUCACAGGCAGCAAUGGCGAUCGUGGCCGAGGAGUACUGCGACCUCAAGGAGCGCCUGCUCACCGUGCGCAAGACCUCCCACUUCUCCCCCGGCGACGGCUUCGCGGCCUACGACCACCGCACGGGCGGCCUGGCCUUCCGCGCCGACACCUACGGCCGCGGCCACGGCGGCGGCGCCGCCUCCCCGGGCGAGCUCGCGCUGCUCGGCCCCGCCGGCGAGCCCCUCCUGACCGUGCGCCGCCGCCGCCCGUCCCUGCACCAGCGCUGGGAGGGCUUCCUCGGCGCCCGCGCCGACGGCCAGAAGCCCCUCUUCUCCGCCCGCAAGUCCUCCAUCCUCGGCGGCGCCGGACGCGGCGCCGUCGUCGAGCUCGCCGCGUCCGCUGCCUCUGAGCUCCGCGUCGACGGCUCCUUCGCGCGGCGCUGCUGCCGCGUGGUGGCCAAGGGCGAGGACGGGGAGGAGACGGUGGUGGCGGAGAUCAGGCGCAAGGUGGACGCCGGGGCGCGGGUGGUGAUGGGCAGGGACGUGUUCGUGCUGCGGGUCGGCCCCGGCUUCGACGCCGCCUUCGCCAUGGGGAUCGUCCUCGUGCUCGACCAGAUCGCCGGCCACGAGGCCGACGACGCCGACGCCGGAGAGGACGCCCUCCACGCCAGGAUUCGGUGACCGGAGCUGCUCGUUUCUUGCUUUAAAUUAGCUGUAGAGAGUUUGGUGAACUUGCUUUGUUCCCCAUUUUUCUUCUCUGUUUAUGUCUCUGCUCGGCAAAUGCAGUACAAUAGAUGAUGCUCGAUUUGCUGCUGAACUUUUCUUUUCUUGUAUCUAGCAAUCACCGGUUUAGCAGAAAAAUUCUGCUGAAAUCUGCAGAAAUUGUAUGGAUUGCGGCAGCCCCUUGUGCUCAUCAAAUUUUGCAUUCUCCGUUCCGUUGCA